UUUUCGCCAAACGAAGCGAACAGUCACUAGUCUGCAAUCGGCAUUCGCCGCUGCGUGUUGUAUCCCUUGGACUGCUCUAGCGCUUCUUUUACGUGUACGCUGAAACAGUUUGCAUAGUGCAGUAUACUAUUCGCUUCGAAUUGUAUACGCCUAAUAUGCAAUAACCUAUACAACCCGAUGCAGCAGAAAAGUAUUAUCGUUUAAACAAAUUGUAAAAAAAUAAAAUCACAAUUUCUACAUCAACUAAUCUUUCAAAUAAGACAAUAAACAUGACUACAUUUGAAAUGGACCCACAAUAUUCUCAAGCAAUUCGGUUUCUACAUUCUACAACUAAAGAUUCAUCCGAACAUCUUCGUAUUUUAUUAGAUGAAUCAAUUAAGCACAGAUAUGGACAAUCCAAAAUGUUGAUUAAUGUUUUACACAAAAAGUAUGUUACAGACGAACAAGUGUUGAGUGACCAAAGUAGUACAAGUAGUAAAAAAAGUAGGAGUUCUAGUUCUUCAAAACACUCAAAAUCUAAUAAAAGUGAUUCUCCUGUGGCUGUAAUAAGAGAACUGACACCUGAUCCGUUAGCAACAGAUGAUAACUUGGCAGACAUUUUAGAGGAUGUUGCUUGUGUUGUUUGUAAAGGAAUGGAUGUUGGAGCCAAAAACCGUUUAGUUGAGUGUGUAAAAUGUGGUUCACUAUAUCAUCAAGAAUGCCAUACUCCAGCUAUCACAGAUCUUCAAGUUGAUACUCAUCCAGUCGAGUGGUAUUGUUAUAAUUGCGUAAAACCUACACCGGUACUCAAAGAAAAAGUAUCACCAAAGUCUUCAGAAAGCAAAAGUAAGGACAAAAAGUUAACUUCUAGUUCAAAGUAUGUGGAUAAAUAUAAGAGCACUUCAAAUCAGUCUCAAAAUUCAAAUGGUAAUAGCUCUAGUGUUAAAGUACCAAACAUCCAUGUUGUUAGCGCUGAUAAAAGAUUGAAAGAUAUGAUUAAAAAAGCCAAAAUGGACAAAAGAAGUAGGAGCAGUGCUACAAGCAAACACUCUAAAAGUUCUCAUGAUAAAAGAUAAAUAUAUUUGUAACCAACUAUAAGUUGUAAAUAAUCCUUUUGAUUUUUUUAUUUGUAGACAAUUGUAAAAACUUUUAUGACUGAUUGCAUGUAGAUAUUUGUAUAUACCGAAAUUUGCAGGGUAAAACUAUUAAGACUUUCUAAAACUUAUCAAAUUCAAAGGUAUGAUUGAAUUAAUUUGAAAAUGAUGUAAACUUUUUCCGAUAAUUUCUUAAAUUAGCUUUUAAACAAAAAAACAAAAAACUAAAAUGUUUAUACUUGGAUGCCCGAAAAGAAACAAAAUUUUCAUUGAUAUAUUUUUAAGUUAACAUUGAUUUCGAGAUGUAAUCAAGUUUAAGAUAGCUCAAAAAACUUUUAAAUAAAAAAUCAUGCUUAUAACUGGAAAAAA